AUACGUACGAGUCUCUCAAACUUCAACCUCCGCCGAAAAACUCUCCGGAAUCUAACCCCCCCUCCCCCAGCGCCGUCCACGAUCACCGGGGAAUCCUAAAUUCUCAGCAAACACAAGCAGAUGGCCAAGAAGAGGAAGUCUGUGGCCACAAGCUUGGACGAGGUGGAUCGGAGCAUGUACUCCACCUUCUGCACCGCCGCUAACUCUCUUUCUCAGCUUUAUACUCAGGCGAUGAACCACCAAAAGCUCUCCUUUCAAGCCGGGGAACGCCACGGCCUGGAAAAACUUUAUCAGUGGAUCUUGAGACAGCAAGAGGGUGGGUCAAGAGUAACCACAGGUGAUGUGCUUAGCUAUUUGCAGACCGAGCUGGAUUAUUCUGGAGAAGAGCCACCCAUAUCACCAAGAGCACCAGGACAGCAUCAGCAUUUACAAUCUGCGCACUUUGCAAACUCAGGCAUGAUAGUUCCUACUGGCUCUUCUGGGUUACCCCCCGGGGUGCAGGGGUUUCGUUCCGAGCCCUCUGAUCAACAAUCAAAAAAUUAUGUUUUUUCAAAUGCUCUUUCUAGCCCCGUUCGUCGAAGUCUUCAGAACUAUCACAUUUCUCCAGGAGGAUACUUUCAGAACAAUGUUCAGCCCAGCACAAAUGGAAAUAGGAGCAGUGAAUCCAAUUUUAUUCAUCAGCAGACUAGGGAUCCCAAUCCUGUCAACUCCAACGAUUCUGCCAUGGAUAUGCAUGCGGAUAGUCCAGGUCACGAGUCUACUUACUGAAAGGUCCGAAUUUGUGUGCCUUGAGCUGCUUGUCAUGUCGUAAAUGGAGAAGUGUGGAAUUGCUAUUCAGGUCUCUGUAGAUGUCGUGCUUGUCAAAGGAUGUUUACAAGGAUCGAUGGGGACACGGAGUUGGCGGCCAUCUUAUUAAGACUAAGCUGGUGAAAUCUUGGAGUUUGCCAUGAAAUUUAUGUUAAACCUAAGUACCGAUCAUGGGCCAGAAAGGCAACAUGAUGAGCAGUAUGCCUGUCAGAAGUAUCAAACCUUGGUUGGACCAGUUUUUUUUUUGGAAAAAAAAAUCUUCCUAGUCUUGCAUGUAAAGGGCUGUUUACUGGUAGCUAUUAUAGUAUUUGAAAGCUCAUUAUUGUUUGCAUGACUCUAUAUAAUUUUGCUCUAAUUGCUACGAGUUAUAGUAGGCUCUUUUUCAAAUACGAUAAGCAUUUUUUUU